AUGGCUUUCACGACACCUCCGCCCUUCGCAUCAUCCUCUUCCACCUCACCUCGUUUACUCCUCUUCACCACCCUAUUCCUCUCCUACCUCACCGCCCUCUUCACCUCCAUCAUCAUACACCGCCUCUUCUUCCACCCCCUACGCCACAUCCGCGGUCUAUUUUUGGCCAAGAUAACCAAGCUCACGAGCCUGUACGCAGCUCGCAACGGCCAAAAGCACCUCGAGCAAGCGGCCCUGUUUGAAAAAUACGGCAACUUUGUGCGCGUAGCCCCUAACGAAGUCUUUAUGUGUUCGGUCGAAGGGAUCAGAAAGAUCCACGUGAGAGACAGCGGAUGCAGGAAGCUGAAUGCCGGAGUCUAUGAUGUUAUCCAUUCCGAGGGGGAGUAUAACCUCGACUCCAUUAUGACGAGGGAAGAACACGCGCCUCGGAGAAAGGUGGGGGAGCGGGCGUUUUCUACCAAGGGCGAGUACAAAGCGUAG